GGGGCUGGGCUCGGGCUGACCGAUUGAAAACCGGAAGCGGAAACGCUGCGUGUAAAACCGCUUUUCCCUUCGGUUAGGCGGAUUCCCCUCCCCCUUCUCGAUUCCCGGCGUAAAGCGAGAGCUGCAGGCCCGGAACGUUGUAGUAUAACCGCCCUAACUGCCGCUCGCCCGGGUCCCCUCCCCUAGGACAGCGAGAGCCGGCCAGAGAAGGGUCCCUCCCCCGACCUGAGCAGCGCUGCCCCUCUCCGUGUGGGUGCUGGGCCCUCGCCGCUCCCGCCUUCCCGUGUCUCUGUCAGGCGGCGCUAUGUCUGACAAGGAGUUUAUGUGGGCCCUCAAAAAUGGAGACCUGGAUGAGGUGAAGGACUAUGUGGCCAAGGGUGAAGACGUCAACCGAACACUGGAAGGUGGGAGGAAACCUCUUCACUAUGCAGCAGAUUGUGGGCAGCUUGAGAUUCUGGAAUUUCUGCUAUUAAAAGGAGCUGAUAUUAAUGCUCCAGAUAAACAUCAUAUCACACCACUCCUAUCAGCAGUCUAUGAGGGUCAUGUCACUUGUGUGAAAUUGCUUCUGUCAAAGGGUGCUGAUAAGACUGUGAAAGGCCCAGAUGGACUAACUGCCUUUGAAGCCACUGACAACCAGGCAAUCAAAGCUCUUCUUCAGUGACGGAUGGACUGAUAUAACUAAUGUCUUUUCUGUGGCCUCACACUGCUGCCUGUCUGUCACUCUUUGUAUCUUCCAGCUUCUUCAGCUAAAUACUUUGGGGGGGAAGGGAAUUCUCAAUGAAUCAAACUAACUAGGGGUCUCUAUCAAAAAGAUCUGUUUGGAGAGAAUGGAAAUCUAUAUAAUCAGUGUCCUUCAGGAUUUGUUUCAUGCACAAUCUUUUUUUUCCAUUUCUAGUGAAAACAAACUUCUGCAGGAGGGAGAAAGAACAUGCACUUAAAAAUUGGUUGUAUGCCUCCCUGGUUAGUUCUAUUAAGUUUUGUGUUGAAAGAUCAAUUUAGACAAAAGUACUGUAUUAAGUACUCUAAAAUGUUAAGAGGCAGUAGUCCAAUGCUGUUAGUGUCUGCCAUGAUAUAAAAUGUAGUAAUUGAGGUAGUUGGAUUGCUUAUCUCUUGAUAGCUAUAUCCUUCUGCUUUAAAGCAUAUGUUGAAAUUCUGAAGACUUCUGAUACUAGUUAAAGGAGCUAUCUCCACCUUGACUAAUCAGAUGCCACACUAACCUUUUUUGACUCCUUGUAAAUCAGGAAAGAUCAGUUUAGGCAAGACCUUGUUCUAUUCCAAAAGACCUGCCAAGGUACCUUGGUAGGAUUGAACUUUGGGAUUUCCCUCUCUUUCCCCCCACCCAUGUGUUCUAGUCCAGAACUGACCAAUCUGACUUGUAAUAUUUUUGGGUCUGAUAAGAAAUGUCUCUGCAGUUUACCCUUUUUGGGUUGUCAGUUGGAAUUUCCUCAUUUACCAUGUCAGUGUAAACGAUAUAGGCACAUAUGGUGAAAGCUCCAGGCCCUCUGGUACGCAAGAAGAAUUUCUCUGCUACCUUAAAUGAUUUAAACUUCGUGCUGCUGGUAAUUAUUUAGAUAUUCUCACUAGAAACAAAUAUCAAAGUUGCUAAAUGUCUUUUGCUAUAGUUUCAAAAAAUAGUUAUAUGAAGAGCUUUCUAUAUUCUACUGUCAGGAAAAGGAAGACUUAAAUACAGUUUCACUGAAAUCUGUAACUACCACCAGAGAAAAGGUAAGAUUUCUUUUUUUCCCAAUGAAUUUCCUAAGAUUCCUCAUCAACUGGCUAAAAAAGCACUUUUUUUAAUGUCAUGAAUUCAUGGAGAACAGGCUUCUUCUGAAGCUCCUGCUACAUUCCUAUAGCAUGUAUGAUCCUGCAAAUAUAUUUAAAUUUAAUCUGGAAGUUAACGUACUAGUAAAUAUUACAGCAGUAGAACUGAUAACUAAUGGAAGCAGAUUUAAGAUUGUAAUAAGGGAUUCCCACCCCAUUCCUCCAAUGAAAGUCUGAGCUUUUGAUUUUCAUCUUUAAUUUGCAUUAGACACAUACCAGCUCACCCAAACAAUUCACAGUACUCCAUACAUUGUAUAAAAAUAUAUUUACCUUUUGGGAUGUCAAUAUAUGCAGCUUUCAGGCAUUAUGGUAACAUGCAAAAAAUGUGCAUCAUGUUUAAUGCAGAGUAUGUUUAAACCAAGCAAAUCUUAUUUUGAUUUCUCACGUCUGGGAUUGAUGUGAUAUCAGGAGGGUGAGCAAUAUAGUAUUUGGUAAUUGCCAUCCAGAUAAAUAUAUACUGAGACAUUUUGGGUUCCUAUUUUAACCAUGUUGCAUAAAAUUGAAUGUAUUUCAAUUAUAAACAACCCUGUAUUUAGAAUGUAAAAUGAGAACAAACAGAGUUCUAUAUAUGCAGCAUUCCCACAGGAUAAAAAAAUCAGGAAUACAGUCAUUCUGGCCAAUGAGAAACUGUAAUGAGCCAUUAUUGAUGGGUUUCUUGGAUUUAUGGGAGGUAUGGAUGGCAAAGAGUGGAAAGAUUAAAUAUGUUUUAAAAACUGUAAUCAAUCACUGAGUAACUGGUAAAUGAAUGAGCACAUUUGACUAACUGUUUUUUAUUAAGUCUUUAAAUAAAGAACUCUGUAAUCUAUCUCUAAUCAAUGCUGGACUAUCAUCUCAUUAUGAUAGUGUGGACUCUGAAUACAAAUUCUGACUUUUUGUAAGAUAUCGCUGAAGUAAUUAGUUCUAUGUUGGCAUAAACUAGUCUCUAUUUAUGGUAUUAAAAUAAACUAGUCCAGAAAACUGCAAUUUGAAAUCUUUUUUUAAAAAAUUCAAGUUUGUAGUAUCAACAAAUUGUGUAUCUGGCCAUAACAUAACCUCCUAUUGUCCUUUUUCUCUUUGCCUUAGCCUCCCCGCACUCCUACCUCCUAUUAAGUGAUCAUAAUUGUAGCACUGGAUCAUUUGAACCUUCUUUGUACUAGUUCUUCUGGUGAUACAGUGGAGGCUAUUUAGCCUUUAUUUCCUACAAUUAUGAAACACUUGCAUUUUUCUUGACCUAUUUCACAUUUAAAAAAAAAAGGCAAACACUCUAACAUGACAAGAGUGUGUUUAAUUUGAUUAUAAUAUGAAUCCAAGCCACUUUGCCAGAAUAGUUAAAGGGUGAUAUUUAAAUGUAUGUUUUUACUAAAGAAGAAAAACUUGUUUGCUUUUUGCACUACAUAAAGGGUUGUCAUUUUUGUCCAGGUUUUAAGAAAUAUUAAACACUUUAAUCUUUCUGUUUUGUGCAUGGACAAUAGGUUUGUUCAUUCACUUCCUUUUCAUCACAUUAUGUGAGAAAUUGCCUGGCUACCUGUUUCUCUCACUAGCCCUUCGAUGGGUGAAAUUGUCAAAUUAUAAAUUCUUUUACGCACAGGAAACUGUAAAACAGUCAAACACAAAGGCUUAAAUAUCUUGUCAAAGCCAACUGGAAAUGCAUACAUUUGGAAAUCCACAUUGUUUUUAUUGCUCUCCCUUUCAAAUUUGGGUUGAAUGUUUUAAAACUAAAAUGUAUCUUGGAUUUUACAUCCUCUGCUCCUCUUCCUUAUUUAAAAUAAAUCCUUGAGACUUAAAUGGAGCUUCCUCCUCCUUUAAUACAAUAUUGAAUGCAUUAAUUUGUCUAUAGAAGAGGCUGGUAAGAGUGGAGUGUCCUAGUUCAAGCAAUUGCAGUGUUGCAUGCAAAAUUUCAAAAUGAACGGUCUUAAUUAUAUUUUGUAAAUGAAGAAACAAUCAUAUCUUUCUACGCAGUGAUGGAAGAAAAUUAAUGCUUUGUGCAUUUUGAUAUUUAACUUCCUCUUUUCACCAGUGUAGUUAUUUUGACACAGUUUGGUUUAUCAUUGUCAUGGUUCAUGGACAUCAGAAUGCUAAAUGAUACUGUAUUUUUAAGUUUGUUGCAAGAGUGAAUGAAUGAAAUAAACUUGAAUUGUGCUACAGAA